AGAUUGCCUUGCCUGGUCAUGUAAACAGCCGGUGCGUUGGUCAGCGAGGCUUCGGUCCCAGUCGAGAACCUCGUUCUUCUACUCCCACCCACAAAUGGCUUCUCGCUGCUCUCCUUUCCAUCAAGCGAAGCCGGCCGGCCGGACGACCAACAGGCACCAACCGAUGGAGGACAUCCGGCUGCCGGAGGACGUCCUCUCGGCGGUGAUCUCCCUCGCCACCUUGGGACCGCGGGGCGCCUGCAUCGCCGCCACGGUGUCCCCGGCCUUUCGUGCCGCUGCCGACUCCGACGUAGUGUGGUCACGUUUCCUCCCAGCGGACCUCGCGCCGCUCGUCUACCCUGAGCCUCCGCCUCGGUCCAAGAAGGAGCUCUUCCUCCGCCUCUCCAGCACCCACGCCCUCCUUCCGGACGGCCUCACGUGCGCGUGGCUGGACAGGGAGAGCGGCGCCAAGUGCUAUAUGGUGGCGGCGAGGGCUAUGUCGAUUUGCUGGGUCGACGUGCCGGAGUACUGGCGCUGGAUCCCGCACGCAGACUCUAGGUUCCGAGAAUGCGCCGAACUGUUGGCUGUUUGUUGGUUCCACAUCACUGGCAGGAUAGCAAGCAGAAUGCUCUCCGGAGACACGCGCUAUGCAGCCUACCUCGUGUUCAAGAUGGACGAUGACUCCUACGGCCUAGAUUCUCCACUCCAGGUGGCGUCGGUUAGCGUCGGAGAGGACACAUCAACCCACCCAGCCCGCCUCCAGAGUUACGCCGACUACGAAGAGAACGACGGUGCUGACGAAGAAGCUGCUCCUCGGCUCCCUCAGGAGAGGCCCGACGGCUGGAUGGAGCUGGAGCUAGGAGACUGGUACAACCACGGAGGCGACGACAGCGUGGUUUGCGCCAGCAUCAAGGAGACGAGGAUCGGAGGCAACUGGAAGAAAGGCCUUAUUUUGCAGGGCCUUGAGAUAAGACCUAAGAACUGAUCGAGGGCGGAGAGCUUGUAGGACUAAGGCCGGCCCUAUUGGGAGUGUAGAAAUUUUUCUAUGUUGUUGCGAAAAUAUAUUGAACUGUUUCUGUCCUGGAAAGUAAUAAAUAUGUAGGUUUCCAACAGAUCCAGAGAUAGAGUAGUAAAUAAGUAAGUUAAGCAGCAUAUUUGUAUUGGCGUUUUGUACAUGGUACCUGUUGUUUAGCUUUUCUUUUAAUGCCGUCCAUGUUGCGCUAGCUAUAAUAGAUCGAUGAUUCAAUAGAGACAACAUAUGGUUCGUUAAUAUUGGUAGUUGCAAGUGGAAGAGGAAUGGCCGUGCUGAGUCA